AUGGGGCUGAAGCUGCAGCACGGACCACGGCCAAUGAUUACAAGAGACACCGCGUUCAUCUCCGGCAGGACGCUCCUGUCUGCGCCUGCUGGAUCUUACGCACGGAUGUUGAACCCUUUUGGCGCGUCCCCGGGAACAAGAAACGCGGUCACUCUGGUCACUCUGGAUCUCGCCAGCUCUUUGUUUGUCCAGCUCAAUGGCUUCAGACACUUGUUUGCAUCAAAUGGAUUUAUUGCUUGA